AUGAAGACCGGAAAGACCAAGCAGGGCCAAGAAUCGUCUAGCCACGGCCAGGCGGCACGUAUGACCAAGGGGUGUGCGGCGUUCUUCGUGGGCAACGACGGCGAGGCUCGGCAGCGGUUCGUGGUGUCGGUGACGCUACUCGGGCACCCCGCUAUAGUCGAGCUGCUCGCCGAGGCGUGGGAGAAGUACGGGUACGUGCACAAAGGCGCCAUUGUCGUCCCCUGCAGUGUGGAGCGGUUCCAGAGGGCGGUCAACGCGGCGAGGGCCCAAGAACGACACCAUCACCAUCACCACUUCCGACUUCCGCACCUCGUAUCGUACCCAAGGUCAUGGAGAACGAGCCACGGAGAGGCUAAGGACAGGGAGACUGAGGAGGGCGAGGCGCCGCGGCGGUUCGCGGUGCCGGUGGCGCUGCUCUGCCACCCCCUGAUCCUGGAGCUGCUCGGGGAGGCGCGGGACAAGUACGGGUACGCGCACGAAGGCGCCAUCGUCGUCCCCUGCGGCAUCGAGCGGUUCCAGAAGGCGGUCGACGCGGCGAGGGCCCAAGAACGGCACCGUCACCACCACCAUCAUCACUUCAGUCUUCCUCACCUUGCCGGGUGCUUUAGGCCCUCGCACGCUGUUGCUUAG